UAGUUAAUGGGUAUUUUGUGAUAAAAUUGCCAGUGUAUGUUAACAAUCAAUCAUAUUUUGAAAUAUUAAGAAGAAAAACAAAAAAAUAAUAACAAUGUCUGAUGAUUAUGAUUUGGUUGCCCGAGGAUCAUUAAAAUUAAAACGAAAAAACAACAAUCCACUUGGGCUUAGCAAAAAAGAUAGAAAAAUAAAAAAGAAUAAAAACAAAGUGAAAGGUCAAGAUUUGGAAGCAAUCAUCGAAACAGUCAAAUCAUCAUCAUCAACAACUCAAGCGAUUAUCGAUAGUGAUUCCAAUUCGAAUGAACCUAUUGUUAAACAACAUGAUCAACAAUCAUCAUCGUUCGAUCCUAAUGGUUGGAUGACAGAAGCACAGAAAAAAUUUUUAGCACAACAAGAAAAACGACAAUUAGCACGAGUAAUGUCAAAAGCAUCAAAAACGCAUAAACAACGUGUUGAAGAAUUUAAUAGCCAUCUGGAAAAUCUUAGUGAACAUUAUGAUAUACCAAAAGUUAGCUGGACAAAAUAAUCAUGAUCAUGUAAAAAUUAUCAAUUUUUUAACAAUUCUAUUAUCGUAUUUUACAUCGUUCAUUCAAUUCAAUUUGUUACAAAUAAUCAUAAAGUAAAUCAGGUUUUUCAAUAA